UGCAAUCGUAUUAAAAACAAACCUCAUUAAGUAGGGCAAUAAACAAUAUUACAGCUCAGUUCAUUUAUGUGUUUAUUUCAAUUACUGUAUUCUGAUUCAACAUGUCGACAUUCGACAUGAUCAUAGAUCGACUUUAGUGGGCUAAAGCAAUACCCUAUUUACAUUGUUUUGAAUAAAGAAUAAUACUAUACUGAGUUCAUUUGGAUCCCAUUUAUUAAAAGCGUCAAAUAUGCAGUAAUAGAAUAUAACGAGAAGGAGUUUGAAUUCAGAUUGUGAAACCGGUCACUAUCUAUUCAUUUAUUUGAAGAUUUUCCAAGUUCGUAUAAAUAACAAUCUUAUCUUUAACAGGUCAAAGUCAUUGUAGUCCCUGUACAGAUAUUCAACCUCCAAAAACAAACACGCGACAAUGAAGUUUAUUUACGAUUCGUAAGCUUUGGCCAUCACUUUUAUCUAUGACCUUUUCAAAACAAUAUUUGCGACCAAUAAGAAUCGGUAAUAUGAUAUGAUAUCAAAUUACCUUUAAUCGCGAGCUUAUGUUCAUGACCACGUGACCCCAAUGGUAAAUCGACGACACCCACUUGCAAAUAUACUGGAACUCGUCAAUCACCAAACAAAGGUUAAGAUUAAAAGAAACUCAUUUGACACAUUUUGGAUUAUGGCUUCUGGAACAUCUUCACCACUUCGUGUCAUCGUUUGGUCUGCACCCCGUUGCAUGUCCACUGCGUUCACACGUUCCAUCAUGACCCUUGAUGAAUCAGAGGUCCUCCACGAGAACUUUGCAGCUGCAUAUUUCCUUGGACCUGAACGACCACUCCGAUUAGGACGUAAAGGGCUUUGUCUUGCACCUUACUAUACAUAUGACUACGUGAAGACCAUGUUUGAACAAGAUGUACCAGGUAAAAAAGUCAUUUUUGCGAAGGACUUUCCAUUUGCAUUACAAGGAAAAUAUGAUAAACUUCCCGAGAACUAUGUCCAUACUUUUUUGAUUCGAAAUCCAACAAAAGUGUUCAUGUCGAUACGAGACCGAUACAACACGUGGUUCAGACAACUGUAUUUUGGAACCGAAAUACAGACGUAUCAGCCUGAAUGUCAUCAGUUUUUUGAGGAAAUCUGGAAACUGUACGACCACUUGAAGAACAAGCUUAUGAAACCUGUCAUUGUAAUUGAUGUCGACGACUUUCUAAAGGAUCCAGAAGCAAUGAUGAAGAUUUAUUGUCAGGCAACUGGUAUACCUUUUCGAAGAUCGAUGUUGUCAUGGAAACCUCGUGGUAUACGACAGAUGGACUGGCAAUGUAGCAGUAUUUUAAAUAUUUGUGCAUGGCUACUUGGUUGGUACGAUAACGCGUUAAAUAGUAAUGGCUUCCGAAAAUCAAGAAGUCCGACCAGGAUUCCAAAGAAGUCAAUGUUGCCGCCAGACAUCAGGAAGGCUGUGGAAAUCAGUGAACCGUACUAUAAGUUGUUGUAUGACGAAAGAACUACAGUAUAAAUAAAUUUGUCCUGUGUUAUUAUAAAUGGGUCUUCCUAUAGAUAUCAGUGGCAGAUUCAACCCCCCCCCCCACACUUCCCCCGUAAAUUUCACCAUUUUUUUAAUUAAAAAAAAAGGAGAAUUUUAAUAAAAUUUAGGUCAGAGAGUCCUAUAUCCGGCCAUCUGGACGUGCCAUAAUCACUUAAUAAAACUUUUCUUACCUCAGCCCUAAUCAUGGUGGGUUCAGGUGGUCUUGGCUCUUUGCGAAGGUCCCUCCCUGGGCCCCCUCUAAUUCAAUUUCCUAGAUCCGCCAGUGGAUAUUAUAUUUGCUAUUUGAUAAUCUGUUAUAAAGAUAAUAAAAUGGAAAUAUAUCCUUUUGGGACGUUUAGAUUUAAAAACCUUAAAUAUCAUACAGAUAUGAUGACUAUCGAUGUGUGGCUGUGGAGAUGAUUAAAAGUGAUAACAACUAACAGUUGAAAA